AUGUUCGCCACUCCAGCACUUCCUGCAAAAACAUCUAAAGUUCCUAAAACUACUGUAGCUAAUUCUAAACCUGUAAAAAAGUUUGUGCCACUUCUCAACGAACGCCAAUUAAAUGGGGUUCGAGGAAAACAGAGAUGUUUCGAAAAACUGAAAAGUUAUCCGAGAGCCUCACUUCCAGAGAUCCAAGGUCUCAUCAAGAGUCUCGAACGUCAAUAUGAAGAGACUAUUGCAGGGAAAGCUUUUCCAAAAAGCAAGUGGAACUUGCAACAACUUGCACAGACUAAAAAAAUUAAAGUGAUUCUAGAAGAAGUUCUGAUUCGAGUCAUAGUGAAAGGAGAGGAUUCUCGUGUGGUUUCAAAGGAAGUGUUGGAGUUUCACAAGGAGAAGUAA